AUGGGCUUGCUGAAGGGCCUCCUCCGAGCCAGGAAGCUGUUGCUCGUCGUCUUCGUGCCUCUCCUGCUGCUGCCUCUGCCCAUGCUCCACCCCAGCAGCGAGGCUGCGUGUGCUUACGUGUUGAUCGUGACUGCUGUGUACUGGGUGUCCGAGGCGGUGCCUCUUGGAGCUGCAGCCCUGGUGCCUGCCUUCCUCUACCCGUUCUUCGGAGUCCUGCGAUCCAGCGAGGUGGCGGCCGAGUACUUCAAGAACACCACGCUGCUGCUGGUGGGUGUCAUCUGCGUGGCGGCGGCUGUGGAGAAGUGGAACCUGCACAAGCGCAUCGCUCUGCGCAUGGUCCUGAUGGCCGGAGCCAAGCCGGGCAUGCUGCUGCUCUGCUUCAUGUGCUGCACCACGCUGCUGUCCAUGUGGCUCUCCAACACGUCCACCACCGCCAUGGUCAUGCCCAUCGUGGAGGCCGUGCUGCAGGAGCUGGUCAGGGCCGAGGAGGAGCAGCUCGUGGCCGGCAGCUCCAGCGCCGAAGAGGCCGAGCCCAUCAAUCUCGAUGCAAACAACAGCCAACCUUCCCUGGAACUCAUCUUUGUCAAUGAAGACACAUCGAAUGCAGACUUCAGUUCUCUGAUGCAGAACAAGAACCUGAAUGGCGUGCCCGCAAUCACCAACUCGGCCAGAACAGCAAACCACCAGGACAAGAAGCAGCACCCAUCUCAGGAAAAGCCACCAGUCCUGGCCCCCAGCCCCAGGAACCAGGAACUCAAGAGAAAGUACAAGUCCCAGCAUGACCAAAUGAUCUGCAAGUGCCUCUCUCUGAGCAUCUCUUACGCCGCCACCAUCGGGGGCCUGACCACCAUCAUUGGCACCUCCACCAGCCUCAUUUUCUUGGAACACUUCAAUAACCAGUAUCCAGCAGCAGAAGUGGUCAACUUUGGCACCUGGUUCCUCUUCAGCUUCCCCAUCUCCCUCAUCAUGCUGGUGGUCAGCUGGUUCUGGAUGCACUGGCUGUUCCUGGGCUGCAAUUUUAAAGAGACCUGCUCUCUGAGUAAGAAGAAGAAGACCAAAAGGGAAGAGUUAUCAGAGAAGAGGAUCCAAGAGGAAUAUGAAAAGCUGGGAGCCAUUACCUACCCGGAAAUGGUGACUGGAUUUUUCUUCAUCCUGAUGACGGUGCUGUGGUUUACCCGGGAGCCUGGCUUUGUUCCUGGUUGGGAUUCCUUCUUUGAAAAGAAGGGCUAUCGCACCGACGCCACAGUCUCUGUCUUCCUUGGCUUCCUCCUCUUCCUGAUUCCAGCGAAGAAGCCUUGCUUCGGGAAACAGAACGAUGGGGAGGACCAGGAGCCCUCACUGGGGACGGAGCCCAUCAUCACGUGGAAGGACUUCCAGAAGACCAUGCCCUGGGAGAUUGUCAUUCUGGUGGGAGGAGGCUAUGCUCUGGCUUCUGGCAGCAAGAGCUCCGGCCUUUCCACGUGGAUUGGGCACCAGAUGUUGUCUCUGAGUAGCCUCCCACCGUGGGCUGUCACCCUGCUGGCGUGCAUCCUGGUGUCCAUUGUCACAGAGUUUGUGAGCAACCCGGCCACCAUCACCAUCUUCCUGCCUAUCCUGUGCAGCCUGUCCGAAACGCUGCACAUAAAUCCGCUCUACACCCUGAUCCCAGUCACCAUGUGCAUCUCCUUUGCAGUGAUGCUGCCAGUGGGCAACCCCCCUAACGCCAUCGUCUUCAGCUAUGGGCACUGCCAGAUUAAAGAUAUGGUGAAAGCUGGCCUGGGGGUCAAUGUCAUUGGCCUGGUGAUAGUGAUGGUGGCCAUCAAUACAUGGGGAAUUAGCCUCUUCCACCUGGACACUUUUCCCGCCUGGGCUAAGGUCAGUAACAUCACUGAUCAGGCCUAA